GUUGAGUUUAUUUUAAAGUGCUUGUAAAUAUAAAGACCGUUUUUAUAAUGAAUAUUUUUUACUCACCUGAAUCUCCAGCUACAAUUACUUUGACUUUAUUAAUUGCAGCCAUUGGCAUGAAAUAAUUAAAGUAUUUGGCAAGGUCUGAUAUGUUAAAACUUGUAUAGAAUUUAUUUUUUAUUGACACAUAUAUAAAUAUAAAUAUGUCAGAGGAACGUUAUGUUACUGAAGUACCAAGCAGCCUAAAGCAGUUGGCAAGACUGGUAGUACGCGGGUUUUACAGUAUUGAAGAUGCCCUUAUAAUUGAUAUGCUUGUGCGAAAUCCCUGUAUGAAAGAAGAUGACAUAUGUGAAUUACUCAAGUUUGAAAGAAAAAUGUUAAGAGCUCGUAUCGCCACUCUAAAAUCAGACAAAUUUAUACAAGUUCGGUUAAAAAUGGAAACAGGGAUUGAUGGAAAAGCUCAAAAAGUGAAUUAUUAUUUUAUCAAUUAUAAAACAUUUGUGAAUGUUGUAAAAUACAAAUUAGAUUUAAUGAGAAAGAGAAUGGAAACUGAAGAAAGAGAUGCCACAAGUCGUGCUAGCUUUAAAUGUCUUGGUUGUGACAAAACAUUCACAGACUUAGAGGCAGAUCAACUUUUUAACUUUGCAACCUCAGAAUUUUGCUGCACAUUUUGUAACAGUGCAGUUGAAGAAGAUUUAUCAGCACUUCCAAAAAAAGAUUCAAGACUUCUAUUGGCAAAGUUCAAUGAACAAUUAGAACCCUUAUAUAUGUUACUAAGACAAGUUGAGGGACUGAAACUUGCGCCUGAAAUAUUGGAACCUGAGCCAGUUGAUAUAAAUACUAUUAGAGGUAUAACUUCAACACACCCAUCUGACCGAAAUGCAGGAGAACCUUGGUCAGGAGAAGCAACUAGAGGUCUUGGUUUUGCUGUUGAAGAAGCUCGUGUUGAUAUUAGUAUUGGAGAUAAUGUUGUAGAUACUAAUACAGCAGCUAGAAAGGAUCGCCCAAUAUGGAUGACUGAAAGUACUGUUGUAAGCGCACAGGCUGAAAAACUACCAGAAGUUGCUCCAGAACCGGUGAAUAUUGCUACAAAUAAUGCGAAAGCAGCUAAGAAGGUUGAAAAUGAUAUUAUGUCCGUACUGUUGCAACAUGAAAAACAAAGUGGAAAUGGCUCAGGAAAUGCAACAGAGAAUGCUGUUAAAGGACUUGGAGUUAACAAUGAAUCAUCAGAUUCAAGUGCUGAUGAAUCUGAAUAUAAAGAUAUCGAUAACACAUUUAUCCCUGACGUUGGCACAAUGGAUUCAGAAUCAGAUGAUAACAUACCCACAGUAACAGUUGGAGGUAAAACGAUAGAAUUAAGUGAUGUAACCGAUGAAAUUAUUGCUUCCAUGACACCUCAGGAGAAGGAAACAUACAUUCAAGUUUAUCAAGAAAAUUAUAGCCACAUAUACGAUUGCUAAUUUUAUUCUAUUAGUGAUUAUUCUUGUGUAUGUAUCUGUACAUGCAUAUAACUUCAUAUAUAUAAUAUAUAUAAUGGCUGGAGUAUAUAUUUAUAUAAUAAAAAAAUAA